CGCAGUUUGGCGUCCACCGAUUGAUAAAAGAUUUUUGUUACGGGUUUUUCUAUGUAUUUAGAUCAAUAGGACAUUUCUUUAUCCAAAGGAUACGUUUUCUAGUGAUGAUUUUGUAAUAUAAAUAUGUUGUUACCGUGAUCGCUUUGUUUGGGUUUGGCUGCUGUGGAGAAAUUUGUAAACAUCGGGAACACAAGCCCCACGUCUAUGAUUUCUUAUUUGCACCAUGGCGGAAAUAGUGUACCCACAAGGCUGCCGCCCCAUUACCGAUGACCUUGGACCGGACGAGCUUGUUCGGAGACUUAAGGCUUUAGCACACACCCUCCAGGGUCUGGGCCAGGAUGAGGGCAUGUACCAGCAGUACAUACCGCUGGCGCUGCACCUCGCGGACGAGUUCUUCCUCACGCACCCGUCGCGCGACGUGCAGCUGCUCAUCGCGUGCUGCAUCGCCGACGUGCUGCGAGUGUACGCGCCCGAAGCGCCGUACAAGGAUCAGGACCAGGUGAAAACAAUAUUCCUGUUCCUGAUCAACCAACUACAAGGUCUCCGGGACCCAAAAGACCCAGCUUUCAAGCGGUAUUUCUACCUGCUGGAGAAUCUGGCCUAUGUCAAGUCUUUCAACAUGUGCUUCGAGUUGGAAGAUUGCCAGGAGAUAUUUUGUGCACUGUUCUCACUUAUGUUUAAGAUUGUCAAUACUGAACAUUCGUCUAAAGUAAAGUCCUUCAUGCUGGACGUGCUGUGUCCCCUCAUUACGGAGUCUGACGUGGUCUCCAACGAGCUGCUGAACGUCAUCCUCAUGAACCUGGUGGAGCCCAACAAGCGAGAGCACAAGCAUGCCUACUCGCUCGCCAAAGAGCUUAUCAUAAAGACCAGCGAGACCUUGGAACCAUACAUACAGGCGUUCUUUAACCACGUUCUUAUAUUAGGGAAAGAAGAAAAGAAUCUUGUUAUUUUUUCAAAAGUGUAUGAAUUAAUAUACGAAUUAAACCAAUGCUGCCCAUCGGUGUUGCUAUCAGUACUGCCACAGUUAGAGUGUAAACUAAAGUCAGCUCAAUUCCAAGAGCGACUGAGCGCUGUAGCUCUACUCGCCAGAAUGUUCUCUGAGCCAGGGUCGGAACUUGCCAAGCAGUACCCGGCUCUGUGGCGAGCGUUUCUCGGCAGAUUUAACGAUAUAUCAGUACAAAUUAGAAUCAAAUGCGUCCAAUAUUGUAUGCAUUUCCUCGUACACCAUCCAGAUUUGAGGAAAGAUAUUACGGAGACAUUAAAAAUGAGACAGCACGAUUCCCACGAACAAGUUCGUUACGAAGUCGUCAUGGCUAUAAUAGCGACAGCUCAGAGAGAUUUCGAAGCUGUGGCCGAGUCUGAAGACUUGUUACACUUCGUCAGAGAGAGGACUUUAGAUAAGAAGUUUAAAAUACGCAAAGAAGCGAUGUCUGGUCUAGCGAUGAUAUACAAAAAGUUCCUGACAGAAGAUUCUGUACCACCAGCCACAGAGCGAGCGGUGCAGUGGAUAAAAGACAAAAUCCUCCAUGGUUACUACAUGACAGCUUUGGAGGACAGAUUGUUGGUUGAAAGACUCUUGAAUACAUCAUUAGUUCCAUAUACACUGCCAGCGCCAGUGAGGAUGAAAAAGCUGUUCUAUUUGAUGUCUAAUGUCGAUGAUAACGCCACCAAAGCGUUCAUAGAGCUUCAGAAACAUCAACUGGCCGUGCGAAGGACGGUCGCUGAAUGGAUCGAUUUGCAUAGAAAACCUCCGACGCCAGCCGUACAGAAGGAGAUGAUAGCUAAAGUUUUACACAUUAGUUCUAAGUUUUUGCCCGAAUCGGUGAAAGCGCAGGAGUUUCUUAACAAGUUCUCCAGCCAUAUGAAGAAAGCGCCGGAGUUGUUGCAAGGGAUGGAGACGAUUUUGAGUCCAAACGUCAGCUGCGAAGUUUGUGUGCGCACUACAUCAAAUGUGCUGAAAAAGCUAGGCCAACCAGUAAUGACAAACCUUUAUUACAACACAGUGAAGAUGCUUCUAGAGCGAGUGAGCUCAGUGAUGGUGGAUCAUGAUUCAUUGCUCAUACUUGUUGGAUUUGUGGAGGGGGCUGUCAGAGGCACAGACUCGUCAAUCGCUGAGGAGUGUGGCAUAGACAUAAAGAAGGCGGCGGAGCGCGGGCUGAAGCUGCUGGUGAUGCUGUCGUUCGUGUUCCCGGCGCACUUCCUGCACGAGGACGUGCUGAGCCGCCUCACGUCGCUGCUGGAGAUGGACGACGAGACGGUCGCGCCGCACAUACUCGCCGCGCUCACCUUCCUCGGCAAAUACAGGCCGCUGAGUGAAGCGUGUCCAACGUUGUUCCCUAAGCUGAUAAUUCUAUGCAAGGCGUACGCUGAAGUUGGUACACCGAAACAAGCCAAAAACGCUGUCAGAUGUCUAUUCGUGAACGUCCCGGAGCAGCGCGCGCAGAUCUUCACGGAGAUCCUGGAGACGCUGAAGUCGACGCUGAGCCCGCACUCGGAGCACUACCGCACCGCCAUCGUCACGCUCGGCCACAUCGCGCACAACCUGCCCGAGGACUUCCCCGUCAUCAUCAAGAACAUCGUCUCCCGGAAGAUAGUGAAAGAGUUACUGGUCAGAGAAGGUGGUGGGAGUUCGAAUACUCUGGAUGGCGGUUGGUGUGAUGAAGAGGAUCUGCCAGAAGAGACUCGCUGCAAACUAGAAGGCCUCAAAUGCAUGGCCCGCUGGCUCCUAGGACUCAAGAAGGACGAAUUAUCUGCUCAGAAGACGUUUAGGAUGCUAAAUGCGUUUAUCGUACAUAAAGGAGAUCUAUUACAGCAAAAGCGCGUGUCUGCCGCCGAGAUGGCGCACCUGCGGCUGGCGGCGGGCGCGGCCAUGCUCAAGAUCUGCGAGCAGAAGGGCGUGGGCGACCAGUUCACGGCCGACCAGUUCUACAACCUGUCGCAUCUCAUGGUGGAUGAUGUACCUGAAGUGAGAGAAGCGUUCGCUGCAAAACUACAUAAGGGCUUAUCAAAGGGUAUACCAAACAAAUGUCUGCCGUUGGACUUCAUGGGCAUGUACGCGUUGGCCGGACGCGAGCCCGACAAGCGCAUCCGCGGCCUCGUGCGGCAGUACAUGCUGGCCGACGUGGUGCGGCGCAGGGAGUACGUGCGGACCAUCACCGUGGGCACCAAAGUAGAGAAGGCAGUGAGCCAGCUGCCGCACAUCCUGCCCGACUACAUGAUGGUGUUCGCUGUGCCGGUGCUGGCGCACGACCCCGCCUUCGUCGCCUACGACAACGUGCCGCAGCUCAGGAUGGUGAAGCAGUGUCUGUGGUUCGUGCUGGAGCCGCUGAUAACGCGCAACGACUUCUACUGCUACGGCUUCUAUAAGAGUCUCGUGGAGCGAAUGAAGAUGCACAAGGAUGCACUCAAUGAAAUGGACGACGCUAUGAAUUAUAAACUAUGGGCAACCUGCGACCUGGCGAUGUCGGUGAUCUGGACGCGCUCCACCACCUUCGAGCUGCGCGACUUCCCGUCGGACGCGCGCAUCCCCACCAUGUACUUCGCGCCGCAGCCCGACUACUUCGUCAACACGCGCGUCUUCUUACCGCCCGAGCUUCAGUUCCAACCGAAGAAACAGCCCGCAGCAGUGACAGAAAUAAACUCACGCGGCAAGAAACGGCGCGUCGCUGAAGAAAAAGACUCCACAAACGCCAACGAUGUUGAGCCCUCUGAAGCAUCAGACACCCAGAUAUUACUGCCCUGUCUAGAGCAACCCCCGGAGACAGAUCUAGAAGAGCCGCUCGCCAAACGAGUCAUGAGCGAUUGAAGAGCCCCGAGUCCACAGAUACACAUGUACGUUCCACAAGGUUUGUGUUUGAACCGUUAUCUGUGGUGAUGUCUAAAUUGUUGUAUACUUACUGCCAUAGUCUGUGAAAAUAUAUAGGUUUGUUUUUCUGAAACAAAUGUUUAUUACUUGCAAUGCAAUGUACUACUUGGUCGAGACACACUGAUAGGUAAUAGGAAGUGAGUCUUCACUCGCUCGGUCUAGAUGUGAAAAUAUAUUUGUUUUAUUUUUUAAACUGUUACUUUCAAUGCAAUGUACUACUUGGUAGAAACAACGGUGCACCUAUUGAUAGUGAGUUUUUACACAUGCGGCUCAGAGGUGAAAAAAUAUAGGCUUCGUUUUUCGGAAAAAACUCUUUAUUACUUGCAAUCGAAAUUGGUCGAAAUAACUGCACCUAUAGGUUAAAGUUAAAAAUUAGAAAUCAACCGCACGGUACAGAGGUGAAAAAAUAUAAAUUUGUUUUUCGGAAAAAAUGUUUAUUACUUGCAAUGCAUAUAUUUAUUUAUUUUGCUAUCAACCGCGAAAAGCCGACGGACCCAUGCGACAACGUCACCCAGGUCCGACAAAAUACUCUCUACGUACGUUUCACCCCGAAACUAAAAAUAUUUCAUCCGGAGCCUCAGACUAAUUAGAUAAAGACCUGCCUCGCAAGACAUUAUUUUUCUGUCAAAGUAUAUGAUCAACGAUCUUAUGCGAUUAUAAACACUGUCUUUAUAGAAUCGAUGUUUCAUAGUUUACAAUCGUGUCCGUCGGUUAAAAUCCUCCGUAAGAAUUCCUUCUUGUGUAGUUAAAUGGUGUACAAAACGAACAAAAACUGCUAGUUUAGUAUAAGAUAUGUAUGAAAUCUAAGCUCGUUUUCCUUAGAAAAUGGCAGAAAUUUUGUUCGUGAAUUUGGGUGCGAUACUAGUCCUUAUGUAUUUAGUCUGAGUCCGGAGCAUCCUCAGGAGAUGUUGACUCUACAACGUGCAAUGUAACAUAACUACUUGACUGAGAAAACAGUACACGGUACAGAAGUACUUUACUAAUAUCUGAAUUCUUGUCUUUGAUAUCGGAUGUACCAAAGAUAUCUGCUUUCUAUAAAAUUAUCUUCAACCUGUGACAAUACAUAAAUUGUUAAAUUUUAUACUGCAUCAGAAUAAUGUAUAAAAAAAUAUUAAUUAUAUAUUUUUUUGUUUGUUAUAAUCAUGUCUAUUUCGCAGUUAGUAUUGGUGUAAUUAGAUAUUUGACAGUUGUAAAGUAAAGAUAUAAAAUUACAUGGUAUUUUUUCGCGUUAACAACUGUCCGCCCGCAUAUCCCAUGAUAUGCGGGGGACGGGAGGGAAGACUGCGCGGGUGUGAAAUCGCGCACACGGGGAAGUGAGGUUCAUCAGUCGUGGGUUUUUCAUUCAUCGCUACACGACCCCGGCCCGCGCGGACCAUCGGAGUGUUACGAACGAAGUUGCCAAGCUUUGUUUAUUAAAUGUGCCACAGCUGAAAAGUGUCACGAUUAAUUUUUCCAUCAAAAUGAGCUCGUUCCUGAGACAUACGUAACUUCACUUCGUAAUGGGUAAUUCGCUUAUAAUGGAAAUCAUGAAAUAUUUUUCCUAACAAUACUAAAUAAUCUAUUUUUAAAGACUCAAAAGAAGUAUAAUUUUAAAUACAUUUUUUAGAAUUCGCAGCACUAACUAUUUCUAGUAGUUAUACACUUAAAUUUAACUCUUUAAAAGCCAGGUUUAUCCAUUUUCAAAUAAUAACUUCCCGUUCCUAAAUCUCAUCAGGGUAUCAUCCAGUCAGUAAAUACAAUAAAUAAUAAUUAAUUUACUACUGCCCACUUCACUUCAAGUGUUACUGCCCUAAAUUUGUAUUAGAUAAGUAUUUUUAUAAUAUCAACAAUAUACACCCACCCUGCAUAGCAAACUGUAUAGUAUAGCAUACCUAUACUGUCAAACGCUUGUCUACUCGUAUACAAUUCAGUCAAAGCCAAACAGACUUCGAAAAGUACAUAACACUUUAUCAAUGGUUUUGUUUAUCUACGAAUGUCUAUAUUGUCUAAUGUCGCUUUCCUCUGUCGUUUGCGGUGCGGUUUGUCUAUAGGUCUUUUUAUUGGAUUUACGAUACGGCUAUUCAGUAAUGAUGUUUUUACAACUCGAUACUGUGAGUCUCGAAUUUUGUUUCUUUUUCUAACACGAUACUAUAGAUAGAGAGAAAUAGAGACGAAUUGAAACUCACACUGUCGAGCUAUAAAACAUCGUUACAGAAUAGUGCCAAUAUUCGAAUUCGUCACCUUUUUACGAUUUCAACGUAUUUCGUAGGUAAUAUUCGAUAUUGUUCAUACAUACAUGACGUGAAAAAAAUGGCGGGAAUGCUAUUUGUAUAAAGAGAAGAGAGAAGUAUUUGAGACGAUUUUGACAUAGUACGAUUGUCUACAAAACUGGUCCAAAAUCAUAAUAGAUUUUGUAUUAAAUACUGAUAGAAAAUCAGCAAAAACUAUUUUGAUUUAAUUUUUUAGUAUAUUAUGUACCAUCGUGAGCAUUAACAUGAACUAUUGUUGUUUACGAUAUUAGUAUUUAAAAUAUAAGACAUGGCAGAUUAUAUUUAAACUCAUGCACCAUUAAAAACAAGAUUUAUUGUGUAAUAUUUUGAUGUUACGAUGAUGGUUUAUAAAUUAUGUUGAAUUUAGUAAAAUUAAAUGCUAUCGAUGUCAAUGGAAUUUUCUUUUUUCAUAUUAAAAAAAAAUUGUUUGACCAGAAAAAUUAAAAAAAAAACUGUAUUGAAUUAGGGGCGUCACAGAUACUUUUUGCAGUAUGUGCAUAGAAGAGGAUAGUUGCAUUUUUUAUUUAGGUGAUGAUUUAUAUUUUUUUGGUCAGGCAAUAUACACCAAAUUAGUUGUUUUUUUAAUGUUAUUCACCUGAUUUCCGGUAACUUCUAUAAUUAUAUAUAAUUAUAAGUUAAGUUCGUCUUGAUAACCAUCGUCUCGGUGAUCCAUUUGAUUAGUAAGGAGAACAGUGUAUUAUAGAAUUUGAUUGUAAGUUAAUUAUACCAACAAUGUUUGUUCGCUGUUUUUAAUUUUAAUUUAAUUUCGACUGGUCGAUUAUUUUAUAAUUUUUUUUUAUAUAAUAUUAAGUAAUGCGGCCGCUCGGGCCUCAGAGGGAUAUAAAACUUGAAAACUAUGAAUACACAUGACUCGCAUUGGAGUUUAUGUCAUUUGUUUUUACAUUUAAAAAAAAAUACAUUGCUAAGCGUAAUCAACUCGUUAUGUUGCCAUGUGUAAUCAAUAUUUUUUUUUCAUUCGAAGCUUGUUCGGCAUUUUUUUUUUAUAAUUAAUGACACAAAUUAGGUUCAUAAAACGUUUGUGGACAUCGAGUCUGUUAUUUUUUUUUUAUAAAAAAUAUUAAGUGUGUUUUUUUUAAUUUAUCUAUGGUCCGUAACUAAAAACCUGUGUUGGGUUUGAUAUUGUUCGUGUAAUUUGUAGAUUUUUUUCUUUAUUUACCUAUUUUGCAGAUAUUCUGCAAUAUUUCGUAUUUCAUGUCCACUUAAUUGAGGAAAUACUAAUUAUUUCGGCCUUAGCUCUUUCACUAAAAAAAAAAAUUGUGUUGUAUCCAUAUUUACGAUACUUCAUUAUAGGUUUUCUGAAUCGCCAAUUGAGUGACUUAUUUAUCAGUGAUACAUUUUUUUUUAAUUCACACUAUACUAUCCUAAGUAAAUCACUCCAUCCUAAGUUCCUAAGCAACAAGUAGUGAGUAAUGUUAAUUAUAAGUUUUUAUUAUUUUUAAAUUAUUUUCCGCAAUAGUUCCUUAUCCAUGUUACUUCAAACUAACCUCCUUAUUCGGUGUCCGCAAACAGUUAAUAAUAGCUUGUGAUAAGUAUUUUUUUUUUAAUUGGUUUGUGUCGUUGAAUUUGAUUGUAAGUGUACCAAAUACAUGGACGGGCCCGUGUCGGCGCGCGGCACCGGCCGGUGCGCGCAGUGAUGAUUCUCUGUAGUUAUGUAUUAAAAUAAAUAAUGAAUACAUUUAA